AUGGCUGCCUUCCGCUCCACCGCCAUCCAACGACUCCAACAGACUGCUCGAAUCAUGUCCCAGAUCAACGACGUCUACAUCCUCUCGGCGGCGCGCACGCCCGUCGGAUCCUUCAACGGUUCGCUCAAGAAGCUCACUGCGCCCCAGCUCGGCGUCACUGCCGCCAAGGCCGCCAUUGAGCGCGCCGGCCUCAAGCCCGAGCAGAUCGAGGACUGCUACUUUGGCAAUGUCCUCCAGGGCAACGUCGGCCAGUCGCCCGCCAGGCAGGUCGCCCUCGGCGCCGGCUGCCCCGACACCACCGAGGCCACCACCAUCAACAAGGUCUGCGCAUCGGGCAUGAAGGCCAUCACCCUCGCCGCUCAGAACAUUGCCCUCGGCCAGAGGAAUGUCAUGAUCGCCGGCGGAAUGGAGAGCAUGAGCAACGCCCCCUACUACCUGCCCCGCGGCACCAGCUUCGGCCACGUCCAGGCCGCCGACGCCAUCGUCAAGGACGGCCUGCACGACGUCUACAACCAGGUGGCCAUGGGCAACUGCGCCGAGAACACGGCCAAGAACCUCAGCAUCACCCGUGAGGCGCAGGAUGCCUACGCCAUCGAGUCGUACAAGCGCUCGGCCGACGCAUGGAAGGCGGGCGCCUUCAAGGACGAGAUCGUCCCCGUCACGAUUGCCGAUCGUAAGGGCGACGUCGUCGUCGCCGAGGACGAGGAGUACAAGAACGUCAAGCUCGACAAGAUCCCCACGCUGCGACCCGUGUUUGACAAGAACGGCACCGUCACCGCCGCCAACGCCUCGACGCUCAACGACGGCGCCUCGGCCGUCGUCCUGGCCAGCAAGGCCGAGACUGAGAAGCUCGGCGUCAAGCCGCUGGCCCAGAUCAUCUCGUACGCCGAUGCCGCGUGCGCGCCCAUCGACUUCCCCAUUGCGCCCGCCAAGGCCAUCCCGAUCGCCCUCGAGCGCGCCGGCAUCACCAAGGACGACGUGUCGCUCUUUGAGAUCAACGAGGCCUUUUCGGCCGUCGCCCUGGCCAACAACCAGAUCCUCGGCCUCGACGCCAGCAAGGUCAACGUGCUCGGCGGCGGUGUCUCGCUCGGCCACCCCAUCGGCUCUUCGGGCGCCAGGAUCGUCGUCACCCUCGCCCACGCCCUCAAGCCCGGCCAGUACGGCUGCGCCGGCGUCUGCAACGGCGGCGGUGGCGCCUCGGCCAUCGUCAUCAAGCGCCUCGAGUAG